AGAAAAGGAGAUUUCAGUUAACUUGACGUACUUUGAGUUUGUAGAGUUUGUGAAAAGGAAGAAGAGUUUUUAGUUGAAAAGAGAUGGCAUCAGAAAAAAUGGAUCCACAGAAAAGAAGGGAGCUGGACGAGAAGGCAAGAAAGGGAGAGGUUGUCAUCCCUGGUGGAACAGGUGGCAAGAGCCUUGAGGCUCAAGAGCACCUUGCUGAAGGAAGGAGCCGUGGAGGGCAGACAAGGAAGAAUGAGAUAGGGCAUGAGGGGUACCAUGAGAUGGGGAAGAAGGGUGGACUGAGCACAACUGACAAGUCCGGAGGAGAGCGUGCUGCGGAGGAAGGAAUCCCACUUGACGAGUCCAAGUACAAAACGAACGGUCGUUCUAAUGAUUCAAAGGAGAUGGCAUCAGAGCAGGAAAGAAGUGACCCAAGCAGAAGAAAAGAACUAGACGAGAAGGCAAGGCAGGGAGAGGUUGUUGUCCCUGGUGGAACUGGUGGCAAGAGCCUCGAGGCUCAAGAGCACCUUGCUGAAGGGCGGAGCCGCGGAGGGCAGACAAGGAGGGAGCAGGUGGGUCAUGAAGGGUACCGGGAGUUGGGCCACCGCGGCGGCGAGACUAGGAAGGAGCAGAUAGGCCAUGAAGGGUACCGUGAGAUGGGGAAAAAAGGAGGGCUCAGCACCAAGGACAAGUCUGGAGGAGAGCGUGCUGCUGAGGAAGGCAUCCCCAUUGAUGAGUCCAAGUACAAAACCAAGAGCCGCUAACAUGAUCAUUAUUAACUUUCCAAGCUCAAGGCCUCUCACUUUGGUCUUUUCGCUUCAAGUGUUUUUGCUCCAACUAGAGUUGUAGGAUGGUUCCUAGUUGGUUGUAGUUUUCUUACUUGUUGCCCAAGUAUGUUGUCAGUAUUGUCUCUCAACUGCCCGAUGUGUGACCCUUGUGUUUUCUUUUGUAUCUGAAGUUGGGCUUGGAAUUCCCUGUCUUAACUGUAUCACUGUAUCACUGACCAGGUCUCAAUGGUACUUCUAAUUACUAGGGUUC